AUGACGACGAUGCAUGUUUCCGAUCAAUUUAUCGUUGCUAAAACACUGCGAGAACAAGCUUCGUCAUUCAAUAGUCAAACACAUUUGAAUACAACAAAAGUCAUCAAACGAACGAUUAAAUAUACACAUGCUCAGUAUAUAUGCCCCGAAGAGCAAUGGAAUGAACAGAUCAAUUGCUAUUUAGCGAGCAACGAUGUUUUCAUAUUGGUUGGUGAUAUGCAUACUCGACAUACAAAGGAAAUUCUUCACAAUAUGAGUAAUUUAAUAGUUCGAACUGUACAUCAGUUAUUAUAUCGUCGAUUAAUUACAAAUGAACAAUAUGGUAACAUUAUGUUUUACAACCAACGAAUCGAUUUUAAUGUGAAUCAAUUAAAUUUUAUUAUAAAAAUGGAAAAUGUAACUAUCUAUCUCAUGGCUCUCGUACACGCUUUCAUUCAAAUCUUCUUUUCAUCAUCAUCAUCAUCAUCAUCAUCAUCUAUUUCUAUUUAG